AUGGCAUCCGAGUCUGACAACAAGGCCCGUCCGCGCGUCUUCUUCGACGUCACCAUUGGCGGCAAGCCGGCCGGCCGCGUCACAAUGGAGCUCUAUUCCGACCUCGUCCCCAAGACCGUCGAAAACUUUCGCUGCCUCUGCACGGGCGAAAAGGGCCUUGGCAAGUCCGGCAAGCCCCUGCACUACAAGGGCUCCGUCUUCCACCGCGUCAUCAAGCAGUUCAUGAUCCAGGGCGGUGAUUUUACAGCCGGUGACGGCACUGGCGGCGAGUCCAUCUACGGUGCCAAGUUUGAAGACGAGGCCUUUCCCCUGAAGCACGAGAAGCCUUUCCUGCUGUCCAUGGCAAAUGCUGGCCCCAACACGAAUGGCUCUCAGUUCUUCGUCACGACCGUCCCCACCCCUCACCUCGAUGGCAAGCAUGUCGUCUUCGGCGAGGUCCUGAACGGCAAGUCGGUCGUCCGCCAGGUCGAAAACCUUCCCACCCAGUCAGGCGACAAGCCCGUCAAGGAGGCCGUCAUUGCCGACUGUGGCGAGCUCACCGGAGACGCCGCCCUGGCCGCUGACGUGAAGCAGCCCGAUGCCAUGGGCGAUCCGUACGAGGACUUUCCUGAGGACUGCAGCGAGGAGCUCGACGCCCAGAAGAUCCUCAAGAUUGCCACCGCGUGCAAGGACUUUGGCAACAAGGCCUUCAAGGCCGGCGACGUCAACCUGGGACUCGACAAGUACGAAAAGGGCCUGCGUUACUUGAACGAAGACCCCGACCUGGACGACGAGCCGCCCACCACCAAACAGACUCUCGACGCCCUGCGCUUCUCGCUGAACAACAACGCAGCCCUGCUGAGCAUCAAGCAAGAAGCCUGGGACGAUGCCGUCCGGUAUGCGACGUCGGCGCUCGCCGUGGCGGGCACCUCGGACGCGGACCGUGCAAAGGCCUACUACCGCCGCGGCUUCGCUCACGUACGGGCCAAGGACGAGGAGAGCGCCCUCAAGGACCUCGACGAGGCGCACCGCCUGGCUCCCAACGACGGCGUCGUCGUCAACGAGCUCAGCGCCGUCAAGGCCAAGGCGUCUGCGCGCGCCGCCAAGGAGAAGGCCGCGUACAAGAAGUUCUUUACUUGA